AUGGCUGAAACAUUCAUUUUUCCGGGUGUAAAAGAAAAUUUGGACAGAUUAUAUGGAUAUCCACCUACAAUUGUUGUAGAAAAAUUUCAACAAUGCUUAAAAGCUAUUAAAGCAAUAGAUCGAUAUAAUGUGUUUAUUCAAGAUAUACGACUAAGCCAUACGAUCAAAUUACCAAAUGAUAUGAUUAAUUUGAUAAAAUGUUCCAUAAAUGUAUCAAAUCAACAAGUUUAUACCAAUAUAUUAUAG